GUCGCUGAAACAGAAAAGAGGUCAUUUUAAGCCACUAUCCAAUCCCGCUGCUUAUACACAAUCAUUUGCAUAGACUUCCUCCAAUUACACAGUGGUCACCGUUUAAUGCAACCGGUUUGAUUCUUUUUAUCUGUCCUGCAAGAAUUAAAUCCUGGGAUUUAGUUUAAAUAUAGUUAUAAGAUUUUAGCCAUCAAAAUCAUUUCCAGCAGAGGUUUGUAGUUCAAUGUUGGAACAUGAAUCGUGGGUUUGCCAAUCAAAAUCAUCUGUACUCCUCCUCGUAUCCGGUCCUAUCUUAUUAUACUUGAUCACGUUUGACAGUUUAACAGUUUAAGCGGGUUCUCAGUAUCCACUAUCACAUGGUUUAUUGACUAAUAUGAACUGCUUCUAAUUUUAGGGUAGUGCAUACUUAUUGCAGAGUUUGAUACUCGAGUUAAGAAGUUACUGUGGGAUCAAAUAAGUGAGCUCUUCUACAAAGUGCAAAUAAAGAGGUUAAUGGCAGAUUUUAUACAAACCAUUUUCGCGCUAAUAUUGUUUUACAUACUAUAUUAGUGUCUGCAGAAUGUUUCUUAUGUCAUCGGAAAACCCUGCAAAAUGUUGGAAAUUCAUUCACAUUCACUUCCAUAAUGAAGUGGGACCUGAAUGCUCCGUGUUCUAGCAUCAUUUCUGUACAAAUUUCGCGCCUUUCCAGAUUUUUCUUCAUUCAGUAACUACUACGUUUAUUAAGCCUAACAUGCCAUGUGCUGACUUUAUUUUUGUUAUCUUUACUUAGUACGUGUCUGUUUAUCUCAAAUGUUUUAUUAGAUCGCUUUCUGAAUCCGGUUUAGAAGUUAUUAUUUAUAUGGCAUAUUCUGACGAAGACCAAAGUACCUAUCUAAAGGAUGUCUUCAAAUUUUACAAACACUUAAACUAUACACAUGAUGUUCGCGAACAAAUACAGAGAUACACUGACUCAACUUUCAAGGAAACAGUAUUCACUAGGUUGCCGAAUUCACGUUCAGACUGUUCAGUGCAGACUAUACCGACCGAAGAUUUUUUCAUAAUAAAGAACUUCUUCAGUCCAGUUGAAAUUAAAGAUUUAUGGCUUGCUGCACUGACAGAAUGGUGUCACUCGCCGACGGCUCAAUGUAAUUUGAGCACAAAUGUGUCUCAUAAUAAUCGGAUUGCUUGUACUGAUCCAUGGUAUUCUAAACUCCGUUGGAUAACUUUAGGCUAUCACUAUCAGUGGAGCGAAAGAAUUUACAAUGAAUCUAAAGUUGGUGAAUUUCCAUCGUUGCUGUAUGGGACUACAGUAAACAUUAUCAACUUCCUUAAGCAUUUAAUUGAAGAAGGAGAGAUUGCUUCUAGGAAUUCAUCUCGUCUGUUGGAACAGUGCCGAAAUUACACUCCAGAAGCGUCAAUUGUGAACUAUUAUCGAACAAAAACAACCAUGGGCUUCCAUUCUGAUGAUGCGGAAAUAGAUAAAGAAGCUCCUUUGGUUUCGAUUAGCAUUGGACCCGCUGCAUUAUUCUUACUAGAAACAUCAGAAGCCAUCAAGCAUGAAUUCGACGUUUCAUUGCAUGGGAGUUUUAACCGAGCAGCUGACUAUGACCACGUACUACCGAUUUACCUUUGUCAUGGUGAUGUAGUAAUAAUGGCUGGUAAAAGUCGUCUGGCUCGUCAUGCAGUCCCAGUAGUUUUCUUCGAUGAUGAUACAGAGGUUGUGUCGAAAGGAGCUCUUCGUGUUAGUCAUGAUAUUUGUGAAAAAAUUUUAAAGCAAGAUCAUAAUGAUGAUGCGUGUACACAUUGCCAAGAGUGUCUGACAUAUAUUAGGACUACACGUAUAAAUAUGAAUAUACGCCAAGUAAUGCCUGUUCAUAGAUAAAGCGAAUGUUAAUAUUGUUUUAUUUUUCAAUUAUUCAGUAAAUUUUACUAUACGAUACAUUUUUAGUACUACAAUAAAUAACUUGUCUUUCGACAAGCGUCAACUACUUCUUAAAUCUAGUCUAGCGAUUCUGUAUCACGUUAUUUAUUUUAUGCUGUGUUUCAAGAGAUUACGAGUUCACCUAAUCUGCGAACGGGACGAAGACUCAGUUUCACAAUGACCAAAUCAGUUAACUAUAACGAUGCAUCCCAGUCUCGCUAACUAAAGAGAGAAGUCCAGGUUCAGAAGAGGGGAAUGUACUCCACAAGCAAUCAGAAGCCCGAACAACAACCACAACUCAAACACAUAUAUACAGCAUAAAAAUAUCCUUGGGAAACGUUACAAAAUAGCAUAUGAAGAGAGACAACGAACCAGUGUGGGAAAUGAAAAUGGAAUGAGCGCUUUUGGCGCGAAAAGACUCAAAUUACAAAAAUAAGAUAUUUACCUCGAGUUCUAGGGAUCUAACAUCGCCAACAUUUUAUCAAGCCACUGCUUUAAUAAACAUACUUUUGCGACAAAAUGUGUUCUUUGAAAUGAGUCUCAUACAUUUUACGGUUUAUUUUCUUAGCGUCACUAUCCAUAUGCAGUGUUUAC